GUACCUCUUUGGACUCAAAGUUGAAUGGAGAAAAUCUUGUAAUUAGAGAUCUUUACAGAAAUUCCACAGCUGGAGACUGACAGCUGGAGGAAAGUGUGUGUUGCUGAACAAAUGCUGUACUGAUUUAGAGACAUUGUGUGUUGGAUGUUGCUUUGUUGAAUUUUUGCAUGACUUCUGAUGUCUACCAGAUAAUGACCAUUCAAAGUUUAAAAGCAGUGAAUCCUGGAAGCAUUGUAAACAGUUUAGUUUGACAAUUAUUUUUGUGAUUAUUUCCCCAUUCCCCCACCUCGUUCAGAACAAUUUGCUCUUUGAAAAUGAGCUAGUAUGAGCAGUGAGAACUUGUCUGAAAGUUGAACUCUUAGGAGCAAUAUGAAAAUUGUCCUUUUUUUCCCCCUAAGUACAGACUUUGAGCUCCUAUAUUCACAGAUCACAGUGAGUGAGAAUUCCAUGUCAAGUUCAAGAUAAGGCUUUAUUUCCACCGUCAUUUUGCACCUGAUCUGGUUAGUGUAUGCCCAGUUGACUAAAAGACUUGGGACAAAUCGGAAUAACAAUGCAUCAAGUAAGACAUGUUCCUAAAAAUGUUUCCAACAAUAGUACAGUAUUGUUCUUCAAUCUGAGAAAAGAAGGGGAUAAGGAAUGGCCCUUCAGAUACUUCUCUAGUUAUGCUUUAGGUAGCCAAUACCAUGUUUGCGUUACAGGUGUAUUCAUGUAUGACUCUGUUAGUCUUUUAUAAAUGCAGUACCACUUGAAAUCCUAACAGAGUGCCUCAGUCUGCAAGAGAAUGGACUCCUCUAGUAAACUUCUGUUCCCCAAGGACAUUUCUGUAUAAUCAAGUUAUUAGUUGUAGCACAACAUUACUGUGAAAUGCCAUUCUUUAGGAACUGAAUCAAAAUAUUAGUAUUCAGGUGUGUAGUUUGUAGAAUAACAAUCUUAUUUACAAUGAACUUUCUCUUAAAUCCAUUUUCUUUUAGAAAGUAAGUACUUUAACAGCUAUCAGCAAGUUGAGAGACUAAAGUUUGCCUUAGGAAUUAAACAUAUUUUUGAUAAAAAUCUUGCAAUGACUUUCUCUCAAAAGACACCAAGUGUGUAAAUAUAUUUUUUUAAAGCAGGAAGAGAAGGAGGAAAAAUUUUGAGGUGGGCAGAUUUCAUAGCUUUUCUUCUUGCAUCCUUCAGUUCAGUUUCCAUUUUCCUUUUUCCAGUCUUGUCUGUCCAUUGUUAGGCGAUGUAAGUUAUGGGUAUAUUUUUUGUUAUCAGACAGCUUUGUUGUGUAAGCAAUUAGCAAUAGCCUACACUAUAAAACUUAGGAGGUAAGUUCUCUUGGAAAGUGGGGAAAAAAUGUUGUUUUUUAAACCUUGAGAACUGUGGGAAGUAGGAGGAUAAUAUUUUAAUGGAAUUUGGAUAGUCCAUGUUAUCUUUUUGUUCUUCUUCCCCAAACUUUUCUAAACUCAGGAUAAGAAUCUGUGAAUGUUUUGAAAGAUCAGUACAGGGAAUAUUUCUGUGAGUUUAAAUUUCAGUCCCUUGAAUCUCUAACUGAAGUUUCACGAAACUUGGAGGCAAGAGCAGAGUUUAGACAAGUAGCAGAAUAGCAGACAUUAGACAAGUGUACUGUAACUUUACAGAAAGAUUUUACCACGAUAAAAAGACAAGUUGCUGAAGAGGAGGGAAAAUGAGUACUUCUGCAAUGAAAUUCUACAAGCACACUUCAGUAGAGUGAUUUGUUUAUUUCUGAGAUAAGCAACAGGAAAAAAAAAUGAAUAACAGCAAGGAAAUGAACUUCGCAUCUUCUCUUCUAGAGAAGGAGAAAGUUCUUUUGUUUCCUAUAAAAACAAGUUUCAAAAGCUAGUUUGAAAUCCUCUUGCUUUCAAGGUAGACCUCAGCUGCUUACUGUACAGCUUACUUCAAAUUCCCACUGACCUCUGAAAGUUAUAGCAUGUAUCAAAUAUUGUGGCAAAUUUCAAAAGCAAUUCUUUGAAAAUAAAACCUCAUUUCUUUUUUCUAAUGUCUAGUAAUUAAGCACAACUGUUGUCUUCAGAAAGAGAGUGGGGCAGGAUUAUGCCAGCUGAAGAUAAGAAAGUAAGAACAAAACAAAAAAAAAAUGACCCUCUUUCCAAGAAUGUCUUAUUUCUUGUUUCCUUAGUGUUAGUUUGGAAUAUAUCAAAACAGCUCUCUCCAUUGAUAUACUUAACUGUAUUACACUGUUCUUGAGGGGAAAAGUAUCAGAAGACACAGUUGUUUCCAGAAACCUUUUGAAGAUAAAUGAAAGUGUCACUGAUAUUUCUCAGAAUAAAAAUAGGUAUCCAAUUUCUUAUCAUGAUUCUAUCAGCCUACUAAUUGGACAAGUCAAUUGAAGGACUACUAAUUCACCAGGCAAAAAGCCAGAUGAUUAAUAAAGGCUAUUUUCAUGAAAACAACAUAUGUAAAAUUUAAAUCUCUUUAGAAAGAGUAUUUGAAAAGUCUUGUUUCUGUAAGUAUUUCCUAUAAAAACUGUUGUGAGAAGUUUCUUUUAGUAUUCUUAUUCAUGAAUAACUUUAGCAAGCUUAAAGUUGAUUAUUCCUUCAAUUUUUAUUUAAUACCUUUUUUCUUUAUGGCUAGCUAAUUGGAUUCUUUCUGCUAGUAUGUAUAUUACCUCUUUCUGUGUUCUGUCUGCUACUUGUCUUUGAUUAUCUUGGACAGCAACAUCUUGGAGAAAUUUAUGUCACUAAAUGUAGUUUCUUCACUACAAGUUAAUUCCCAUUUUAAUUUUGUGCACUUGCUUUCUAAAUGUGGCUAUUCACUAGUAAUAAGCCAUUGUCAUCUUGCCCUAUUUCUGUAUAAUUUAACUUCCAGAUGUUGAGCUUUAUAGAAGAAACUGUCUUUGAAAAGAAAACAAACAAAAAUAAAACAGAUUGUCAACCUCUUUAAUUCCUACCCCAGACUAGUGUAGGAUAUAGACAUAUAGAGGAUUGGGUGGCCAGCAGGGACAGGGUGGUGAUUGUCCCUCUCAACUCUGCCCUCGUGAGGCCCCAUCUGGAGUACUGCAUCUAUGUCUGUGGCCCCCAGUAUGAGAAAGACAGAGAUCUGUUGGAGAGGUUCCAGAGGAGGGCCACAAAGAUCAUUAGAGGACUGGAGCACCUGCCCUAUGAAGACAGGCUGAGGGAGCUAGGCUUGUUCAGCCUGGAGAGUAGAAGGCUGCGGGGUGACCUCAUUGCAGCCUUCCAAAAGGGAGCCUGUAAACAGGAGCAGAGCCAGCUCUUUGAAAGGGUAGAUAAUGGUAGGACAGGGGAAAUUGGUUUUAAGUUGAAGGAGGGAAGAUUUAGGUUGGAUAUCAGGGGGAAGUUCUUUACCAAGAAAGUGGUGAGGUGCUGGAACAGAUUGUCCAGGGAGGUUGUAGGUGCCCCAUCCCUGGGGGUGUUCAAGGCAGAGUUGGAUGGGGCCAUGGGCAGCCUGGUCUAGUAUUAAACAUGGAGGUUGGCAGCCUUAUCUGUGACGGGGGAGUUGGAGCUUGAUGGUCCUUGAAGUCCCUUCCAACCCAAGCCAUUCUAUGAUUCUAUGAUUGCCUUUUAACUUUUUAAAGAAAUCUAUCCUUGUCUUACAGCCAACCAUGCUCGUUAAUUCUCAGUACUUUAUCUGUUCCACUGGAGCAUAUUUUGAUUUUGCUUCUCUUUCCUUCUAUUUCUAGAAUCCUGCAAACCCAGACUUCUUUUUUAUCAGUUCUGUGAAAAUUUGAUAUCCUGUCAUUUGACAUCAUUCCCUGCUCAGGAAGAAUCUUUUGGAGUUUAGAAUUUCAGUUUUAUUCUCUCUGCUCUCUGUGUUCAGCCUAGAUGUCUGACAUUUCUUGGUUUUUCUGAACUCCAUUCUGUGAGUAUGAGCUUCUAAUAUAAGGCCAGAAAGGACAGUUUGGUUGACUUGUGUAAUACUCAAUUAUCUCAAUCCAAGCAUUUUCUCAUGAGCUCUGUACAGGGGAUCAUAUAGCAGUAGGCCAGAUAAAUUUUUCCUGAAAUAUGUUUGCUUUUAAUCAUAAAGAUUGACUUUUAAGAAUUCUGGAAAAUCAAGAAGGAAGAAAUUAAGAAUAUGGUGGAUCUAUAUACAUAACUCCGAGUAGUCAUUAGGACACAUUUGUGUGAAUGGAAUAUUGAAAACAGAUGUGUAAGAUUCUUUUAAAUCUUUGAGGUUCAGCUAUAGCUAGUUAUGCUUUGUCUUGCUUUUUGCUUGUUACUUUGGCAGCAUAAAUAGGACUUUUAUUGGCUUUACAGUUGUUCAUGCUUUCAUUUUUUUAUAUGAAUUUCAGUGCAAAUAAUUCAUUGCUUCUUUUUGCACAGUGCUCUCCAUAAAUACUGACAUGUAUACAUUAAAUAAAUAAACAAAUAAAACAUAUCACCCAUGUUUUGAGGCUUCAGUGAACAACACGGGAAGGAAUAUAAAUUGAUAUCCCUCUUGAUGUAUACAUGUUCACGUGUUUUAAAACUAACUUCAGACCUAGCUCCUCUGUUUAAGUCAUCUGACAGCAUUUCUUUUAAGAGAUUGCAGAUAAAAAUUGAAUAAUAUGGUGACUUAAUUUAUUUCCAUAAAAUUCUUAUCCUUGAUGGCGUGACAUCCUAAUAACACAGUUUGUCAAAAAUCUGUGUAUAUCGAAAAUAGAAUUUUAAAAAUGCAAAUUAUUUGGGUCUUAAAGUGCUGCAAAAUCAGAUAAUUUCUACUACACUAUAGCAGGAAUACAUCAAUUUGAAGGCUGAUUUAAAAUUACAUACUUAAUUAGGUAAAAUAAUUCUAUUUUUAAGGGAUUUUUUUGUUUGUUUGUUUUAAGCAUUAUACACUUACCUGAAGAAUUGGCUGGUAUUCAAUAAAUUCUAGAUUUUUAGCAUAAUAGAUACACAUGCAACUUUGUCAAACUAUGUUCUGACUAUAUGCUUUAUCUAUCAAAGCAAAGUGACUCAGAGUACACACAGAAUUUCCUAGAAUAGGAAUAAAUUGAGUGACAUGUCCUUUAAUUGAAGAUGCUAUUUUUACUGAGCCAGUAGUUUCAUGAUCUAGUUAUCAAUAUUCUUGAAACAAAGACAGUUACCACUAAGUUGCUAAGUGACUGGAAAUUUGCAUAAGGGGGAAGUAUUACUAUAAAGAUAAGGACUAGACCACUCACUUGUAAUGUUUCUAGUUUAAAACAGAGAAUUUCUGUCUGAUUUCUCAAGUUCAGUCUUUUGACACUAAUGUGGCAGCAACUGGUGCAAAAAAAAAAAAAUGUUUUGUCCUCUUGGACUCUAAGUAUGAAGAAAUACGUUAGAACACUUGAAUCAUAAUGUGACCCACUGCAGGAUUACUUUGCACAGGGAGCUCUGUUUCCUUGUUACCCAAAGAGGUUGCCUUCUGCUCUGAAAUAGGAAGGCCUUCUUAGUGUUGUAAUAAUUGUAUUGCUAUGGACAUGUUCUUUGAUUGUUCGUUGGGUUUUUUUUGUUUUUGUUUUUUAAGAAAUGAAAGCACUUUAUUUAUUAGAAGUCUUCGGACUACUUGUGCCUUCUGAUAAACUGAGAGCAAGAUGGCAUGCAACCUCAAUCCUGAGCAGUGUAUACCUGUGCCACAGCUCUUCUCACUUCCACUUUUUGGCACAUCUCCAUGUAGUAUCGCUCUGUAGUAUGUUUUAGCUAAUGACACUCGUAGUGAUUUUAUUGAAACUGAAUCUGUAUUAAGGGAGUAACAGACAACCUAAUUUACAACAGAGAAAAGGUCGCUGGGAGUGGUGGUGGCUACAGAAUGUUCAAAAUCAGAUAUAGCAAAUCAUCAAGAUAGUAUUUCUGGAUUUUUCAAAUAUUUUGAGGGUCUGUAUAAUUUUCAUCACAACAGUAGUAUGGGUAUGGAUGUGAUAUGGAUGAUAGAAGUCAUAACUUAGCUUGCACUACAUUUGGUGUUGACCACAAUGAAUUGAACAAGAAGAUGAAAGCAGGCAAAAGGAGAUUGAUCUACAAAGCUGAUGAAUAUAAAAACAUGCAAAUUUGGUAGUAGCAUCUAGAGUCUGGAAGGAGUCAUAAUAUUUGUACAACAAAAGAUGAUUAUUACGUACAUCUCUAAGAAAUUGUGUGCAUUUUGAAGGCAAAUAUUAAGUGAUACAUGUAUGUUGUUCCUUUGCACCAGAGCACCUUUAUAACGCUUUCAUUUCUCUAAAGUGCAGGGGAUUUUUUUAAAACAAAUCAGUUGUUAUCCCUUGAUCUUUUGUCUUGCACUGAUAGUGUUUGACAUACAGCUGUUAACAGUAUUAAUGACUUCUAAGGAAUUUCAUGGGUGAGUUAUCAUUUUAAUGUAUUCUUCUGGAUCAGAACUUUUUACUUCCCUUUUUACUCCCCCCAUUUUAACAUCAUAUUGUAUCUAGGGGAUACAAUUUUUCAUCAUAUAUUAAACACAGUCUUUUAAUCAACAACAUAAAGCUACUAUUCCUGUCUGAACAUGAACAUCCCUAACAAUGACACAUAGUACUUGCCACAGCACUGGUAUAAGUACUUACACUGUUGUUAACUGGGUGAAUUUAAUAAUAUAUCCAUUAGCACUUUCUGUUUUCAAGCUUAUUAAACUUGAGUUAUCUAUUUCAUUUUGGUACUGUUUACUGCUGUUAUAUCCAAGUCCAACUGCCAGUACUGGUCUGUUAAGGGUACUUUAAUACUCUAUAGCAAAAAUUUUGACUAUAGAAAGUAGCUUCUAGCAAAUCCAGUAGUAAAAGUUAAAUUAGAUGCUCCUCCUGGACAAAAAGUAUACCAAGCAAGAGCUCCAAACUUGACUAUUUGCAGAAAUAAAUUGUCCUCAUUUUAAAUCUAGUAUAUUAAGAUGUAAUAACACUAUAUUCUUUAAGUGACAAAGUUCUAGUUACUUUUACUUUUCUUUACUGAAAUAGAUUCAGUCAAACAUUAAAUUGGUAGUAAGGUUGUAGCUCAAACUCGAACUUAGAAAACACAGGAUCAUAAGCCUGACUUAUUCUACUUACUCCUCUUCAGUAGCAUAGAUCACUAAAUACUGCACAGUAACUUGGAGGUGAAUUGGUUUUUAGUCAUCUAUUUUCCAAUUUUAUCCUGAAGAGAUUAUUUGGCACAGUCUUGGUCAUGUAAGACAAGGAAUUUUCCCAUUAAUUUAACAGGGGAUGUGUCUGAAUGCAAGGAACACAGGUCUGAAAGCAGUCUACAGGGCCAGCCUCAGCAGUUAUGACCUCAAGUUGCACAUGGGGAGAUUCAGGUUGGAUGUUAGGAAAAACAUCUCUGAAAGAGUAAUUAGGCACGGGCUGCCCAGGGAGGUGGUCAAUUCACAGUCUCUGGAGGCGUUCAGGAAAUGUUUAGAUAUUAUCCUGAAGGACAUGGAAUUAUUGGAUGGACUUACUGGUAGGAAUUAUUGGUGGUAUGUGGAUGGUUGGACUGAAUGAUCUAGAAUUACCAACCUUGAUGGUUCUAUGAUUCUAUAAGUCAUCACUCCCGAGAUUUUGGUGGCAGCUCAAGAGGUUCCCUUCUUUCCCCCUCUGAUAGUACCACGGUUCGUGCUGUCGUGUAUUCAUUCAGUUGAAAUAUAUUUCUAUUUUCCUGCAUAUUUUCAGCUUGCUCACUUCAGUCUGAUUCUUACUUUGUCUAUGAAACCCACAGUAUGCAACAUAGUGCAUUAUGAGGCAAAGUGAGAACUCAGCUAAUAGCAGUAUCUGAUAUGAGCCAUGAAGUUAUCAAACUUCUAACCAUACUUUGCUGUCUCUGCUCUGGAGUUCUUACAUGGUGUUGCUACAAUUUAUGAACAAACUGAUUCCAAUUAUUUUUUCAGAGCUAUAUUUGAGAUCAAUAAGGCCAAGUGAUGUCCUUGAUAAACAAGCUGUGUAUUAAUUAAAAGUAAAAUAAAGAAAGCACUGCAUGUAAAUUGUAACAAGAAUAAAGCAAAAUUCAUGGGAGUGAGAUAUUAUGCAAGUAGCAAGCAGUAUCCAUUACCAUUAUCUCAAUAUUUCCUUCAAAUAUGUUUUUAUAAAAGACUAGGAAAGCGGUUUGCGUUGAGUCCCCCUAAGGGGUUUGUCAUAUAUACUAAUUCAUGUUUGGAGGAAGCUAGGGGGAUGCAGUUGCCCAUUAAAUAAAGAUCGUUAGCAAGCUGCUCAGCAUUCUCAGCCUCAGAAGGGUAGAUCAAAAUCUAAAUAAGUAUUCCAUGCUGGUCACUCCAGCUUCUCAAAGAUGAUUGUGUGUCGCAUUGUGAAGAUGAUGUCUGUCAUACAGAUAUGUAUCAGAUUUAUGUGAAAUGAAAUUUGUUUACUUAAUCUAUUGUUCUUUAUUUGCAACUGAUAUGAGAUUUAGUAUCUAUUGACAUUGCUUGUAGAUGAUUUUAAGUCUUCAUUUUUAUAUUUAUUGUAAUAACUAACUUAAUUUAGGAUUUAUUGUAAAAGUGACUGUAAUAUCCCCAUUCUCAUCUUUCUCAGGAGAAAUGUUGUUCUAAUUGGCAAUAUUAGCAAGUUAGAGGAUAACACGGCAUUAUUAGUUCUGCUGUCACAUUCUAAUCCUUGUGAAUAUCUUGUGGUAGCAUGCAAGUACAGAACUGCUUCUGUCUUAAGCAAAAGCAUUGCUUCAGAUAAUGUCUGUGUUUAUACGUGUUUAUACGUGAGCAUGAUGCUAAUGUGUGUCUCUGUGGGUAUUAAAGAAAUCUAUAAACAGCUCACACUGAAAGUAAUGCCCCCUAUUAAUUUCCAUGGAAACUAUAAUAGAUACAAAGAGCACAAUAACACUAUUUGAUAGAUGAAAUUAUCAGUUACUAAACAUUGGUUUUCAGCAUAGUCACCAUUAGCAAUGCAUUUUUUCCAGCACUUAACAGGAGGCUGCAUGCUGAGCACAAAAAAAUCUACAUGGCCGUCCAGAACAUAGCUUGUCUUUCAUGUCACCGUCACUGCUGAAAUACACCACCCACUGCCACACUGUGCUUGCAUCCACAGUUUGAUCUCCAUGUAUGUUCAGCAAGUGUCAAUGGGCACCAUUUUUUUCCACAUGAAGGAAUUCAACGACACACCUUUGCUUCACGUGUACUUCCUUGUCAGAUGCCAUUUUGUCAGACUACCCCUCUAGUACCAUCUGUAGCAUGGCAAGAAAAUGUAACAUAAUAUUGAUGGGAAGGUUCAACCUCUACUGCCAUACUGUGAAUAUCCACCACUGACAUUAUGGGUUAACUUAGCAAAAUAGGAGUCAUUACUUAAGGAACAGCCCACGCAAGUACAGAGAAACUUUCUGCAAGGCAGAGGGCUAUUUAAAAUUAAAUUAAUAAAUUCUCUGUGGGCAGUUUGGCAAACACAGAAGGGUGGAAGAGUUUCUGUCCAUAUUUUCAGGUCCCUUUUUAAAUGUCUAGUGUAGGGGAGUGAUGUAGCUAUGAAAUAUCACUUGCUGAUUGUGUUUCAUGUUUCUUCAGAAUAAACUGAAGUGGCUCAAUUAUUUGCUUGAAGGUAAUCUGAUCUCUGUUUUUCUUCUACUCAUGUCAGUCAUGAGUAGAAUACCUAGUGAGUACUAUACCUAGUGAUCUGGGGAUAAGCCAUCCCAAUUGAAUGCAAAAUGCAACAGUAUGAGAAAUACCUUUGAGAUAUAUGUUUAAGAUAUAACUUAAAACAAGAGCUGGUACUGUACAGUAAUCUUUGAACACUUGUGAUCUAUUUGGAUGUUUCUUCAAGCAGUCUGCUCAUUAUUACCAUAGGUGCUUGUAUGCUUCAUUCUGUUAAGUUUGAUUAUGGAGACUGAGAAUUUAAGAUAAAGCCCUUUCAGAGUAGAUGGGGCUGCUCAACUCUCUUCUGUAAUUUUAUUCCUUGCAUCUUUUCAAUCCAAGUGCCUUAGCCUUUUUUUCCCUGAUGUUAUUUGUAGAUUCUGUAGCUAUUCAGUUUACUUUGGAUCACAUUAAAUUUCUUGUGUUGGCAGUCUUUGCAAUUAUGCCGCAUUCAGUAAAUCUCUGAUGAGGCUAAAUUGACUUCUAAAGAGCCUUUGAAGGCCUCAUUACCAUCUGUUUCUGUCCUGACAUUCUAUAAUAGUCACAUAUUCCUGAAUUACUAGCAGUGCCAAAUAAGUGCUUGAUUACCUGUCCUUUUGCAGUAUAAAUUUUCUGGGAUAAUGUCUGUAUCUUUUGUUUCAGAUAGCAUAUUCUUUACAGCUGUGAUAGAGGUGGUAACCUUGUAACUGGGAUGUAGAUGUGACUGUAUGAUAACAGGUCAAUUGAUACAGUAACAUACUACAUGUAUGUAGCUCUUUCUAAGUUGCAAACAAAAAUGUUUUCCAGUUUGUAAAUCGGUUGGGAUUUAAGUUCUUGUUCAGAUAACAGCAAAAUAUUUGAGUAUCUUCAGACAUGGGAGGAGGACAGUGAGGUUCACUUAUGCAACAGUAGCUUUUUAUGAGCAAAUAUUGUAAGCUGCUGUUGCAGUAGUUAAACAAGUCAAAUUACCCAUACUAAUUACUUCAACCCAGAAUAUCCUAAACAUUCUAUUGUCUCAUUUAUCAUUUUAUAUACCAAGACUGAAUUCUAAAGAGAAAGUUGUUGCUUUAUAAAAACGUAGUGACAGAAAAUGUGCCAGGAAAGGAAGAAAAGUAAGUAUUAAAAAACUGUGCAGGAUUAUUAUUUUUAUUUGCUCUUUGAUUUCUGAAAUUUUUAUGCAAAGAGGAGAAUAAGCUCAGUUUACCUCUUCCUUUCUCUUCACCUUUUAUUUACUUAUUUUCAAAGGGGAAUAAAGUAGUUUGGUUUUAUUAAAGUAUUUUAGUUAGCAGCAGAAUGUUGUUAAGAGUUUCUUCACUGAAACUGUAAUGUUUACAACAGGUUACAAACUAGGAAUAAUUAGUAGAUGGAACCUGUUGCAGAAAUGUGCAUCUGUGAAACAAUGAAAUGUUUCUCAUUAAGAGAAUGAGCCUGAAGAAUAGGUUGGUUUUGAUGUUUUGUUUUUUCCUAUUUAGGUGUUGUCUUCUUCCUACUAUUAAGGCAUACUUCAGCACUUUAAGCUAAUUAGUGCUGGUAAAUUUUUAAACUUCUAUUUUGAGAAGAUUUGUUUUAUUCUCUCUUAAAUCUUGAUCUGAAGGAACUUAAAAAUUAAAAUGGUUUUAUUAAUUCCUUUCUCUUUUUUUGCAUGCAUGGAUUUGUGACUUAAAAGCUACCAACUAGUUCACCAACAUAGUUGCCAUGGCAGGCAGGGGUCACACCUGCUGGUAGUUAUUGAAAAUUUGUUACUAUUUUAAACUUUAAGAUUGUAAAAUAAAUCUUUAUGGUGUGGAAAAAACUUUUUGACUCUUUUAAGCAAAAGUAGAAAGUGAACUAAAUGCCUAGAGAACUCCUAAGUUACCAGCCUUCUGUAUCUUCAUUUCUAAUAUUUGUUGCUUUUCAGUUGUGUUUCCAGUUCAUGACACUCUCCUGAAACUUCUUGUUGAAUAAAUAAUUUGAAAAGAAAAAGAAAUUACUAUGAGUAGUUGAAUGUUCAUUGACAAGUGUGCGUUUGCAGGAAUUCAUCUGCGAAAAUUAAUAUUUUAUUUUAAUUCCUCUGUGGAAUAAAUUAUUUUUCUCAGUAAUAGAAUUUCCAUAGAAAUGUUUCUGUUGCACUUUUAUCUUUUAUGAUGAAUUUAGUAAAUAAUGUUUCUGACUUUCCUAGAAGGAAAGAGUAUGGAAGGAUGUUGUGUCUCCUUAACUGUGGAUAAGAACAGAGGUAGAAGCCAGAUAUAGAUGAAUCAUGUUUAACUUGCUUUGAAUUGCAUCUGUCUGCCUUCUCAAAAUGUGUGCUCAUCUGAAAGAAAUAAAAUAUCUACAUGGUUCAUAGGUGAGAACCUUUUGUAUGAAUGUUGAUUUCUCCUAUUAGACAGCCAAUCACAUAUUGUUUUAUUACUAAUUGAAAGCCACUGUAGUAAGAAAAGGUCUUGGUAUAUAGUGUGUUGAGUUCUUCCAAGCUGAACAAAUCACACAGUUAUUUCUUACUGAAGCAGGACGUGGUUUUACACUAUGCGCUUGAAAUCUUUCUCAAUUUAAGAAAAAAAUAUUGUUAGAUCAAGUGUAUAAAAUGAUGACCUAGAGCUUUCCUGCUGAAACAUCACCAAAGGUGUGAAACUGAUAUUGUUUGCUAGUGAUAACUGGCUAUGAAAUGGAGUGGGAAAUGAACAUCUAAGGAAAAAAAAAAGAUUGUUCUAAAGCUUCCUGACUUGUUUUCUUUUCAUAUUGACUGGAGAAGGUUGUCAUGCUGUUACUGCAGGUCUUGGAUUGGAAAGAAAAGUGUUACAAGUCUGAACUUUGCAAACAGUAGUGAUAUAUGAUACAAGUGCACUUGUUCCAUUAAGCACAGAGAAACUUUGAUGUAUUGGGCUCUAACCAUGAACUUUCCAACUCCAGUUCCUUUUCACUGCUUAAUAUCUUGCUUUAGAGUCCAAGGUGGGCUUCAGAGAAGGCAGCUAAGAAACAUCACUCUUGAUUUUGUUGUUUUCUCUAAUCAAUGAAACGUUUGGUAACUUGCAUGGAAGCGUGCAAAUAAGCUGGUUUACAUUGUAUACUGUGGUGGAGUUUGACUGAAUAACUUAGUCAAUACUUACCUGUAAAGAAGGGUCAGUCUCUGGUUAGUCUGUAGUGUCUGUAACAUAACAGUGGUAAGAAGGAUCCAUCUAGCCAUGUUUUCUUUGAUGCUAGUUAAUAAUACUUGGAGAGAGAAGAUAAGGACAAAAUCACAUCAUUGUACGCACAUAUUCUCCAGCUCUUGCUGAACUUUAUACUCCUAAGUUCAUACUGAAUUUGUUGUGAGCAUCCUUUUUGUGAAUUCAUAACCAUUGUUAGUACUCACUUAGCUUUUCUAGUGUUUCACAUCUAUAGUUCUACUGUUUAAUAAUGAACUGUGCACAAAAGUAGACUUUCUUUAUUAGCUUAAUUUGGUGCCUUGUAGCUACCGUGAGAAACUUUACAGAGAAAACUGUUCUACCUUUUUCAUCAUCAUGCAAUUCUUUAAGUUAGGACUCACAGCCCUCCACUGUCUUGACUCUCUUCCCAUCCAUUAAGUGCUUAAUGUCUCUUGUUAUCACAUAACAAAUGUAGCUGCAGUGGAUGUUAUCCAGUAACAUGUUCAGAAUUUCCUUUUUGAAUUGUUACGUCUGAAUACAAGUGCACCUGUCAUAUAGCUAUUACAAAUUCAAUAAAUGCAAUCACCUUUUAAUUGUAAUUCUUUUAAAAAUGAAUGUAUUUUUGGAAUAAUUUUAUACUGUUUUUUUAAUAAAGAUAAGCCAUAAAGAAACAAACAAAUGAAAAUAAAAGAUAUCAAGAUGUUAGUACUACUACUAGUUCAAGCUCAAGAUCAUUCUGUUGAAUUCAUAUAAUAAAAAAAUAAAUUUCAAUGUAGUUCUAAGGCAUUGAGAAAAGCAGUGAUACAUCUGAAGCAAGCAACAUGCACUAAAGACAGCAGAUAUAUUUAUUGCUUCCUGCACCAUUUAAUUGGCUUUUUCAGUGAGUAUUUCUGGAUAUCUCUAACAGUGUAAUUACAAGGUAGCUUCAGAGAGUGGAUAGCAGGCAAGACACAACUCACACUGAUUUUUGCCUAUGAACUCUGCAGUCAGGAGGAGCAAAUUAACUAAGAGUAGAGAGAGAGAGAAUAAUAGAAUUUAUUAAUAAUGUGUAUGAGAGAACAAAAAUCAAGAAAAUGCUGUACUACACAUACAAUAUAAGUUUAGAUAGAGAAUAGGAUCUUUCCCUUCAGAAUGGAAUCUGAUUCUGUAGUAUGUAGAAGCUGGGAAAAAAAAGAAAAAUGAGAAGAUAAUAGCCAAACAAAAAUGUUUAAAAAGGUGAAUAUUUAAAAAAAAAAAAAAAAAAAAAGGCAUGUAUAGUAAUACUUGUCAUAAUGUUCAUACCAGCAAAAAAUAAGGUUGCUUUGAUAGAUGCUGAAAUUUCAGUUGUUAGUCCUGGUGUUUGGAAAUUAUUUAGUUGCUUAAUUUGAGUGUGAAUGGCAAGAAAUGGAAGAGUAGUUUGGUAGAGGUUCGGGUGGGUUUUGCUGUUCUUUUAUUUAAUCCUCUCAAUUUAAAGUGCUUGCAGUUUUUAGAGUAGUCAGUUCACCAAAAGUAAUUGUGACUGAAAUGUUAAGAUGUAUUUGAUCAGAAGAAAAUGCUGACACAAAGAUGGCAGUUAGUUUAAUGGCAUUAUUUCCAAGUAAUAGGUACAUAGGUUGUAUUUAUUUAGAGUUCAUUUGAGCUUUCACUAUAAGCUUAUAUAACUAUUAUUAAGUUGAAAUUUGUAAAUUGUCUGCUCAGUGUAUGAUGCAAUGUAAGACAUUAUAUAAUUGGUUUUUUCUUAAGUGUUAGGCUUCAUACUUUAGUGUUAAAAUAUGGACUAUUGGUUAGGGUAAAAAUUUAAUGUAAUAUAAAGCUCAUAUAAAAAGUCAGAUCACUGGUUCACUGUUUCUCAUUAUAACAGUAAAUUGAUGUAUUGGUGUUUAUACUGGAAUUUAUAAAUCUGAUAUAAAUCUAAUACUUAGUAAUCACAUGGGAACAUAACCACAUAGAAGGGUAGAUGGGGCAGGGACUGCAAGGUGAAUGGCAUUCUGUCUUCUCAGUGUUUAAAAGUUUAAUAAGCCAGGUGCAAGGGGCUGCACGCAGAAGCUGAUGAUAUUGGAGCUGAUCCUACUUUGUGUCCUGGUCUAUGACCAGAACAAUGAAAUACGCUGUGCUUCCCUUGGUUUGAAGGUCAUAGCAUGCUGGAGGGAAGCAGAUCCAGAGGGGAUAUGACUGUUCACCAGCUGCCUCUAGUUCUAGCAGGAACAUCAUAUAGUUAAGCAAAGACAAGCACAAAGUGCAUAUGACUGUCCCAGAUGCCAGCAGACAUCUCCUCCAAAUUAGAUUUGGAGAUAUCUCUUUGGUCAACUCUGCUUUUACUGUUAAGUACAUUAUGUAAGAACUGGGAUGAUGGCACUUGAAAAACAGUCAGUUAGAAACAGAAGCUUCAGUCAAGAUAAAACUGAAAUUACUUUAUCCUCGUUUCUCUAAGUGUUGCCCAAUGUACUGCAGCUAGGUCAGAAGCUUCGUCAUUAUCUUUUUCAAAUCUUAUUAGUUAAGUGUGGCAAGAUUCCAACAACUUCAUGCUGUCAGGGAAGUUGGACUUUAUUUUAACAUUCCCAGAUCAAUUAAUUUUCCAUAUAAGGAAAUUCCACAGUAAAGUCUAAUUUAUUAAACUUCAGACUUUAAACUUAUUUUCUGUUAUAACUUUUUUGUAUUUAUUCUGCAACUAUUGGUUGUAGAUAGGUUUCUCUUGCAUGUUGCUGUACCUCAGUGUAGAAUGGGUGAAUUUAAGGUAGUUGAAAUAGAUAAGAAAGUGAACUUUGAUUUCUGCAGCAAGUAUACUGAACCUAGAUUGCUGUGGAUAUGCAAUGUAAGCAGUCUCAUUUCAGAAAUCCAAUUUUCAGGUAGCUGAAUGUCAUUUUGAUCUGGCCUUGUCUCAUUCUUCUAGUGCAUGCUUGGAAGAAAUAAAAAGCACUUUCAAUUUGAAGCAUGCUUCCAGAGAGUUUCCUGUAAGAUAUGUACUGCACUAGUAUGGACUGAAAAAGAAUAGUUCAUGAGAUGAGCAAAUGUCGUGAGAUAAGAAAGCUGCACUGUCAGAUUUCACUUUGAAGGAUGUGCAUCUCUUCGGGUGACUGUAUUUAUAGAUCAUAAUUUCAAAUGUAUGCUUUAGAAACCCUCUGGGAAUUUGUUGCAUUUUUUUCACCUCUGAGCAAUCAUUCCUGUUAUCAAAUUUUCCUGAGUAUAUGCUGGUCAGCACCUCAUUUCUAACAACAGAGAAGCUAUAAUUUAGUCAGAUUCUUGCAAUGAGCAAUGAUUAUAUAGCGACAACAGUUGCUUGUUUUUAUGUUCUGACACGUGUUGAGUCGUGUAAUGGUGUACAGGUUGCUUAUUUUUGGUAGUAUUUCUGCAUACCCAUGUUCUUAACUUUUUUUUUCUUUCUUUUUUUGUUUUAUUUAUUUUCUAUUUUAUUUCUCCUAGGUUGAGGUACUUACCCACCAGAUACUGCCAUGGAUUUGGGUUUUUUUUUUUUUUUUGAGUUACUGUACAAUUGGAUUCUUCCUCUCCUAGUGCAUGACCAUUUCUAGAGAUAAAUCUUACUAAAUUUAAUUGCAGCACUACUUGUGUCCUCUGUCGAAACCACCUACCAGGACAGCAGGUAGCUCCAGUGUUCUCUAUCUGUCAGAUCAAUGGUCACAGCAUGGUUCUGAGCUAUAAGGGCAUAUCUACUGAUAAAAAUUGGAAUUACUGAAUAUCCUAGUUGUAUAAUUUUUGCUGUAUAGAUUGGAGAAUAGUAAAACUAUGUUAAAUUCUUUGAGUUUCAUACCUGUUCUUUUUCUUCUUUUGAAAUCUUUAAUCUGCUUCAAAGUAUCUUCAGUUUUAAACUUUGAAUGUUAGUAAAAUCAUGAUCUGAAGGAUACUAUUUUAUUUUCAUUCCACCUGAUUUCAAUUUGAGUAAAAUACAUUACUGAUACACACAGAUUACAAAAGAUUACCUCAAAGACUGAUAUUAGUGUAGUGUGUCAAGGAAAACUUUGGAUAGUGCUUUAAAUAUAUAAAUAUAUAUUUCCGUGUGUUUUUUUCCUUAUCUUGUCUUUUGUAUACCAUCCAUUCACUUACACUUUUGCUGGCCUUUUUACUGUAGUAAGUGGAUCAAGUUAGGUCGUGCAAAACACACUUUAAAGAAAAAAGAAUCCUGGCUAUCUACAUGGAUAGAUAAGACUUCAUGAAAUAUUUGAAUUCACUUCACCUCUGAGAUUCAUUACUUUGCAGAUGACUUUGAGUCUGUAGAACAAGAACUGGACUAACAGUUCAGACACUAAAUAUUUAAUUUUUUUGUUUCUGUUCUCAUCCUUGCAGUGAAAUCCUGUUAAUAGAAGUGUAUGCAAUAUUUAUAUCUCAAUUUAAAAUACUAUGCACAGCAGCUCAAUGCUAUCUGCUCAUAACACCUUCAAGUAAGAUCUCUUCUUCUCUUGCAGUCUAUAUGUGUUUUAAGACUUUCAGGCAUAAGAUAAAAGAAAGGAUUAACAUUUUGUUUCUGUGGAGUAAACACACAGUAGAUUAUACAUAUUCUGUAAGAUUACUGUUUUUUUUUUUUUGUUUGGGAUUUUUUUUUUUUUUUUGCAUUUAAUGGACUUGAUUUAAAUAACUGACUUCAAUUAAAAUAAUAUCUGAUAACUUGCCAUUGCAGUUUUUGGCCCACUGACUUGUUUUCCUUCCUACCUGACCUCUCCUGUAGUCACCUCUUGUACUCCUUCACAGAUGUUCGUGAAUUUUUGGGUUGGUUUCUGGGUUUGUUCGUUAAAAUUAUUUUCUUUGUAAUCUAACGUGGUUAUCACACUGCUUUUUAGUUGCUUAUAUUGUGAACUUAAUGUUAUACAAAUGUGAAUGUACGUAGAACAGUGUCCAUCAGAAAGUUCAAAUUGUGAAUAUGAAAGUAUUUUUCCAUUGUAGCUCUGUCUUAGGCCACUAUAUAGCAAGAGAUAAAGACUUUUUAUGGAAAAGUUGAAAUAGAAUCCUUUUUUGUACCUGCUGUAUCUGAAGUAUCUGCUAGUGGUCUCUUCUACUAAAUGUUAGGUGAUUUAGUAUAAAAUCAGGAAAAAAACCCACAGUUUUGUAAAUCGUUUUUUUAAAAACAAACACUUCUGUUGCUACAGUUCCUUUUAUGCUGUAGGGUCUUGAAAGUCACUGGGCAGUUUGCUCCAAAACUUGAAGCUGUCAAGUUAUCUAAGCAAACAUAAUUGGAAAACUAUUUCCUAAUACAGUACAUUUUGUGAGCUACUGAGAAUGAACUGGAACUUAAUUUGCCCCUCAGGACACUUAACUGAGUUUCAUACAUUGUUUUCAGGAUGGUGAGGUAAUUUCUACUGUACUCACUGCAUGCAGAUGUGCAUCUGUUAAAUUGUGUUGGAAUUAUGCCAAAUUCCACUUAUUAAGAGAAAUACUUUUGUGAUACAGUCUUCAACUAGUUGUCUGUGACUGCUUUUUGUUGAAAUGACUAGAAUGUGAUAAAACAAAUGUCUCAAGCCUCCUACAUAAAUAUACACCAUAGUGAAUAUCUUCAGCUUUGAUUUCCAAACUAGAUUGCAAUGAGGUUUUCGGAAGUGUGCAUGAGUGCUUGCAAAGGUAUUUCUUCUUCAGCAAUGGUUGUUUAGGAUACUAUCUUCAUUUUAAAGAAAAGAGAGAGAAGAAUAGUGGAAAUAUAGGAGUUCCAGAAGAAUACAGAAGGGCCCAUGCAAUGAUGGGCUGCAGUUCUCAGUCAUCAUAUAACUCCUAGAUUGGAGGUGAGGCUUUUCCAAGCUAUAUAAACGUGAAUGGCUUUCACAGGUGCUUUAUGCCAAGACCAGUAGUAGCUUUGUGUUGGUUGAAUAGUUUCUGAUUAUGGCUUCAGUCCCUGGGUUGUAAGGAAGUCAUUCCUGUUUCCUGAGACCUGACUGGAAUACCUAAAGUAUCCCUGUGCAGCAGCAGUACCUUGGUAGGUGUUUGUGCAUCAUCCUGUUCCCCUAAGUAAUGUGCCUCCUGUUCCUCCCAAGCAGAUUUAAACUAAAUACAUCUAUGGAACUCAAAUUUGCUAUAUUUGACUUGUUGCAGUUGACUAUCUGCAUGAACGAAAAAUGAGGUGAGAAGAGUUUGAAAGCUGGCUGCUCUGCAAUAUGAAAUAGUCAAAGGCAAUUCUAAGAAAAGCUGGAAGUUCAGUAAACAUUGAAGAAAUGAAUAUGCAUUUAAUAAUAUUCCUUUCCAAAUAUUUGCAGUUAAGCAGAAGUGUUCUUCCUGGCUAUAAACAAAGUCUGCCAUUCUUCCCACUGUUAACUGCAUCCGUUUACAGAACUGUGCCAAAAUGGAGAGCAAUUCAUUUGGUCUUAGUACCUUAAGCUAUAUUGCUAUCAUAUACGAAGAAUACAUUAAACAAGCCACUAAUUUAUAACUGUAGUUCUUCUACUUCUCUAGCUUUGAAAAUUUGAUAAGAAUGAAAAAUGAGAGGCUAACUUUUGAGAUGUUCUGAGGAGAGGGGGGUUAAAAUGAUUGAACAGGCAUAAAAACAAUUUAUAAGGACAUGGAUUUACAUUGUUCUGUGAAAAGUAAAGAAUGGAUAACCAGGUAUAAAACUAAAAGAAAGGGCAUUACUUAGGGGAACCUGUUUGUUAUUAAUGCACUGUUUGAUAAGUUUGGAAAAUAUGCAGGUGUUUACUAAGAAUAUUUCUUCUUGUCUUACACAACAUAAAAUAUUUAUUAAACGCUUUGGAGAGAAAACUAAACAGUUUUGUCUACUCUUUCUUCUUGGGGAAGUACAUGUACGUAUGUGUACAUAACAGUCUUUAUUUUGAGAGAAAAUCAUUUUUAAUACUAUUUUUUAAAUGUAUGGUUUUUAUUCAGCAGAUGAAGACAACUUACAUGUUUAAAGAAAAAAUGUUACUUAAAUUAUAGUGCAAAAAAUAAACAGCUAAAUAGCUAUUUAUUUUAGAAGAGAUAGGCAAAGUAGGAGGAGAGGGAGAGUUUCCCUCUAUUCUUUUAAUAUCCUGUAUUGUUCAGAUAACUGACAUGGGAUCUCUUCCUCUUUCCCACAUUCUUUUUUGAUCGAAACCUCUUCCCCAGGAAAAAAAAAAAAAAAAAAGAGCCUCAAUUUUGAAGAAACAAAAUGCAGAAAUGAUCUCAUCAAAACCAUAUUCAACACUACAAAAAUCUUAGUGGGACUAGCUAUAUUCUGCUGUGAACAAAUCUUUGUAUCUGAAAUUCAUUCUGGAGAAGACAGUGUACUCAGUAUCACUGUCUUCUCAGAGCACCUCUUUGCCUUAGAUAGCUGAGGUAUGAGAACCAUGGCAGGUCUCAAGUUUGCAGGAAGUUGUAAAACCACAGUGAUAAGGCUCAAAGUUCUACAAGAAAGAGUUUAAUCUCCACAUUAAAUCAGUAUUUUAUUGAAUUUUCUGUGUGAAAAUACAAAAUACUAUACAUUUUAGUAUUCAAACUCAAAGCUGAAAUUAACAAUAAAGCUCGCAACUACCAUGUGAAGCAGACUGGAAAUAACUCUUGAAAUCCAUAUCAUGUGCUAAGUUGAUAUCAUGUAUAUGGUUCAUUAUUUAACACAUAAAUAUGUUGGAAUGCACCAACUUACUUAAUCCUCAGCUUCAUCUAAAUGUUGCAAAGCUACUUUGAAAAAUUUGGGAUGUAUUCUUUUCUUUGAGGCCUUAUACAUUUAGAAGAAAGAGAUAUGCUGUGGGUUUCCUUAAGCAUUUGAGGCUUUCCCUGAAGUUACUCUUGCCUAAUUCUCUGAAUAUGAAAACUCAGACUGUAGGAUGGGGAAGCAAUUAGACAGAGGCAUGGAAAGGUCAGUGUUCUUCUGAAAGUCAGAAACUCCAGAUCAUCAAACUAACUGCAAACCAUAGUUUACUAGAAUUCUGCUUGUCAGAAUUUUAGUCAAUGAGCUUUUGCAAGUUUGUGAAGCAGUUGCUUCCUUGAAGGCUGAGAGUGAGAUUUGCUGAAUUAGAUUGAACUGCACAAACAGAACUCUGGAGGGAAAAGGCAAUUUCUCAGUUAAUAUUAAAUCUGUUGAGAGGAGGUGCUGGUCCACUGUACCUAGGUUUUCCUUUCUUUUCCUUGUUCUCUGUGGCGUUCCUUUUUUUUGAUGAACUCGGCCAUUGGGUCUCCUUCUCUCUCUUUUUCUCUCAGCAUUCGAUCCAGAUCCUCAUUGUCGAUAUAACAGGCCAAAGGUUUUUGCAUCUCUUUUAUUGCAUCUUCUACAUUCUGCUGCUGUUGCCUCCCCUGUGCUAAUCUAUUUCCCCAUCUGGCAUAUUGUACAUCUCAUUUAGACUUUGUUUCAUCUUUCUGCUUCUGCUCAAGGUAUUCCUUCACAAGGUCUCUCUUGCAGCCUGACUUGUCGUGGAAGAUGGUUUCUGUGUGUCGCGAUUCCUCUUCCAAGUGCUUGCUACUUCUCUCCUGCUUUCUGAGCUCCUGCUGCUCUCUCCGCAGCACGCCAGAUGAUACCAAACCAGCUCUGGCCCCAGACAUCAUGUUGCCCUUCUUGGGAGAUCCCUUAUCAUUGGGGUAGCAAUGAUGUGAGUGAUCAGGGGGACUUUUUGAACCAUGCUGACCCUUUCCAGAAGUCAGAGCCCUGUGAUUUUUCCACUGGGGAGAAAGGUCUGCCUUAGAGGCAUUUUGAGUACCCCUUCAUGGAGGUGGAGAAUCAGAGUCACGAUGGAGCUUUUUUACUGGGGAAGCAUCUUUCAUUCUACUCAACUUUUUCUGACCAGGUGCAAAUUAUGAAGGAAUAAUUAUUUCUUUCACGAUCUGUUUGUAACCUACAUUUCAUCUUAGGGAAUGGGCUUGUUAAAAAAAAAAAUAAAAAAAAAUUGUACCAAUAAUACUAAUAGCUCAUUUUAUCUAUUUCCUGAUAAAAUGUGGAGUCACUUUAGACACUCCUGAAUGCAUUUUAAAGGACUUAUUUUUUUUUCCUGUCAUUAAUUAUUAACAGCUGUUUUUACACACAUUUCACCACUGGUUAUUUGUGAGGUGAGGGAUAAACAUCCACUGCAACUCCCCAGGAUGAGAAAGGGUUAGACUGACCUAACAUUAAAUUGGUGGGUAGUUUUGGAUUGUACUACACAUAUAACCAGUGCCUUAAGUAGAUUCCUCAGUUUGUCAGUCUUACAAAUGAAAGUAAUAUUUCAGUGAUCUUACUUCAUUUGUACUACUUCCUUUUCCUCAAUACCAAGAGACACAGAAGCGGUAAAACUUUGAACUACUUAAUAAAUUAAUCUCUAAGAGCAAUAGAGCACUUGUGCAGUGUCUAGGUAUUAAAUAAAUAUAACUUUGUUGUAAUGUGAACAGUUGCAACAAUCACUAACUGCUUCAAGACUUGUACAUUAAUUUAUCCCUUGAACAGUUAUUUCAGUCACUCAGGAUUUUAGAUAUACACUACAAUAAGAUGGGAAGUUCUGUGAGACAAACAAGCCAUUUGUCAUAUGAUAUCUAAUCACCUUAAGAGUUUAAAAGUUAUUUAGCAUACUACUCCAAAUUUAAAGACCAUUCAAAACUGAACUCAGAUACCCAGAAUCAAGACUUCUAGCACAGAUGUUGCUUAAGGCUUUAUCUCAGGACCACGUAUUUCAACAUAGAUAUUUAAGGAGUUAUCACAUCAUGUUAUUUUGCCUUUUCCGUACAGGAUGGACAUGUAAAGAUAUUUUAGAAAGUUGACAAAAAAAAAAAAAAAGAAUUAAUUCUGGACUGCAGGUGAAAUGAAUUUAGAACAUUACUUUCAUCUCCCUUAGCUUUCUGUGUGAAAAGCUAUAUUGAUUAGCUGCUUAAGAUUCCAGCCACAUGUUGUACAGAAUUCUAACUUAGGUCUGGAUUUCAAAUAAGUAUGUUUCAGAGUUCUUCAAAUCAUUAAAGCAGUGACUUUCUUGACUUUGUCACAGUGGGAUUUAAAAUUAAUUCUUUAUGCCUCUUACUUUCUGAUUUGCUUUUGAAACAGUAUUUCACUUAAAUGCAUCCCUCUUAAAUUUCAGCUAUGUCUUUGAAACUUAAUGUUGUGAUGUAUUUUUUAUUUAUGUUGCAAAACAGUAGUGGCUUCAGUUUCAGAAGUAAUGGUCUUUCUGGCUCGUUGCUUUUUGAUUAUUUGUUAAUCUAGUGCUGUGUUUUCAUCUGUGUCUUUUGGGUUUGUUUGGUGCUGGUUUUUUUGUUUGUUUUUGUGUUUUUGAGUCCAUAGUUUCUUCCAUCAUUAAUUGCUGUAAGUUGACUUCUCAGACAUUGACUUCUCAGACAUUUUCUUAAUUUACUAAUAAAUGUAUGUUCCUUACAAUUAAAUAUAUAAAUACAUCUAUUUUACUGAAUCUAAUAAUAUCUAAUAAGUGUGCUUUGUCCACAUUAGAACUUGAUAUUUUGAAGGCUUAAUGUUCUGUUAGGAAAAAAAAAUCAAACUCAGAACAAAAAAAUCACUAAAAUCAAAACAUGAUUUUAGUACUGCCUUUUAUUAAGGUAGUAUAAAUAUUAUGGGAAAUUCAGUAAAUACUCUUCCUGACAAGUCAUACAGACGUGUGUGGCUAGGAGCAUGUAAUUGCUUCCAAUAUUUUCCUUCUUACAUUUGCAAUUUAAAGCCUAUGCAGUGGCUUCUCUGGAAGUGCUGUAGUUUGCAAGGCAGUGUAAUGAGCAGCUGGUGAAGAUGGUUCUUCCAGACGCCAGGGAGUCUGUAUAGACCUUUCAUGACUGCCAUACUACUGUCAAACUGUCAUGGGAUAAAUGAAGAUUUUUUAAAGCAUAUUUGCUGGUCUUUUGAGUAGCUGCUUUUAGAAUGUUCUAGAUAUUCCAGUCUUUUCCUUAAAUACCAUGAUAAAGAAGGUGGAAUGCAACUAGGUCUGUUUCAUUGCACACAGUAAUUAGAAGUGAGAGACCUAAAGGGAAAACUGCCAGUAUUCCUGGAGUGUCGCAGUGCCUGACUUCAGGCUGUAUUUCUAUUUAAAGCAAUGACUGAGAUGUUCAAGAAUUCUUCUGUAGGACAAAGUAUCUUCAAGGCUGAUUCCGUGGAUGAUAUAGAACCAGUCAUCUAAUCAAGUUGUUGUGUUUUUUUUUUUUUUAACUGUUCGUCUCUGACAGGAAUUGUUGAGAAUAGCUGAAGAUUAGGAUUUCACUGAAAAGUUGAAGGGAAAUCUACUGUUUAUUGUUAAAGGGGUAUAUAGAGAAAUGUAAAUAAUUAGAUUAUUCAAAUAGGAAAUAGGAAUCAAAUGAGCAGUCUACGGAGUUUUUGACAUCCUGUGUCUCACCGUCAAGUCUGUAAAAUCCGAUAUUUUCACCUUGAAAUAAUAAAUGACCUCAAUUUUCAAAAGCACAUGUACACAUAGAAUGUAUAUCACGUAGAAGCCUUCAGAGCAGUGAGAAGUUAGUUGAAAUCAGGUUUAGGGUGGUACGUCUCAUAAUCAACUAUCCAUGAGAUUCUGAGGGAAAAAAAUAUCAUUUUAUCACACAAGUAAUUGUUUUGUCUAGUGCUUCCUAUUUUUGAAUGUUUCAUUUUGCAAUACUGCUAGCAAUGACUCUAUAUGUGCCUUACUUAGUAUGCACAGUUUUUUGUUUUAAUAAGUGGAUAAUUCAGCAGUAGAAUAUUGCCUAAUGUGUUUAGAAAGAUAAUACCACAGAGAUGCUAAAAUUAGGGCCACUCUUAGAUAGCUUUCUUCUAUCAGCCUUAUGUAGAAGAUAAGAGGAACUGAGCCCAGUGAAUUCAAUUUGCCAAAAUUAACACAGGUGUUGACAAAAAGAUGUGAGUAAAUAUUAAAAAGGAUUAAUUUAGGAAGGAAGUGACCUCAGUUUGUGUUGUGCUCUUGUAAUUUCUGUUUGUUUUCUACUUUGUGGUCUUGAAAACUUGCAGUAAAAGCAGAACCUGUCUAUACUAUGUAAGCAUAGGAAUGGUGGCUGUCAUCUCUGUUUUAUUUAAUUGUUAAGCUUUGCUUUUUGCAGCUCAAUUACAGAGUUGAGCUGUUUUUCUUGCAGAAAAAUAUUCCAGUACAGCUUGAAGUCACUGAACCCCUAGAGUGACAAACAAGAAACCAGCUCAAGCAUCUAUUACAAAGGUCAAGCAAUUUGAAGGCUCUACGUCAUUUGUUAGGAGAACGCAGUGGAUGCUCGAGCAGCUUCGCCAGGUCAACGGUAUUGAUCCGAAUAAGGAUUCCCCAGAAUUUGAUUUAAUAUUUGAAAAUGCUUUUGACCAAUGGGUAGCAAGCACAGCUUCAGAAAAAUGCACAUUCUUUCAGGUUCUUCAUCACACAUGUCAGCAAUAUCUUACAGACAAAAAGCCAGAAUUUAUCAACUGCCAAUCUAAAAUUAUGGGAGGAAACAGCAUACUCCAUUCAGCUGCGGACAGUGUGACAAGUGCAGUACAGAAGGCAAGUCAGGCUUUGAAUGAGCGUGGUGAAAGACUAGGUCGAGCAGAAGAAAAGACAGAGGAACUGAAAAACAGUGCUCAGCAGUUUGCAGAAACUGCACACAAGCUUGCAAUGAAGCACAAAUGCUGAGGUACUGCCCGAAGUUGAAAUAUUCUCGAAAGAAACUGAAAAGCCUAGGUUCAGCAGUUUUUACAGGAGAUGAAGACUUGUGUGUGAUGUUUUUCCCUUCCAGUUCAGUGGAGAUGCGUUCUUUCAGUUUCUGUGCAGGAAAAGAUGUUGCUUUUCUACCUUUUUGACUUACAUUUUGUUCCUCUUUUGUAAUACUGCAACACAAUCUUGCAGUACUUUGUACCUGUAUUUUCGUUUAUUACAGGAGCUAAAGCAAACAGGGGAGCUGGACCAAACGAGAAAGUUGAUCUGGAUUAAAAUAGUAAUAUUCUUCCCCAGUACUCCUUCCUGGUAUUGUAUAGAAGAGUACUUAACUAAGUGCGGACAUGCAUGCAGACAUAAAAUCCAAAGAAGGGGUACACAUUUCUUGAUUUUAUGUAGCAUCAGUAGAAUAUGAAUGUUGGAAUUAAACACGUGGAUUUAACUGUGGUGGAGAAUACUGUCCUGGGAAACAGAAAACUUGUUUUGCUUACCCAGUGUAGGAAGUUUUGCAUGUGCCAUCACCAGCAUUCGGAAGGGUGUAUCUGAAUUUCAUAAGGGAAUCUGUUUCCAGUGCUGCAUUUUGAAUAUUUCUAUUUUAACUUCCAGAUGGAUUGUUUGAAGAGAAAAAUGAAAGAAACGUACAGUGAAUGUAUGUGUGAGGUUUCAAAAUAGAGGAAAAAAAAAUGGUAAACCUAUAUAUAUAUAGCUGUGCCUCAAAAAUAACCUAGUAUCUAGCAAUCUGGUGUAAAAUAACAUCUCAUUUUAUUUUUUACCUGUGCUUCUCUAGCUAAAGACAGAUGAAAAGGAGAACGCACCAUUUUCCAUGUCAUUGGUUAUUCAUAAAUGUUACAGUAAAAAUGUUAGGGAAUACUCUUCAGAAAUUUGAUGAGAAUUAUCUUUGUCUUAGUUGAUCAUCUGAUUUUUAAAAUAGAGGCUUUUAAAAAGUGUGUAUUGGUAGAGUAAAAUCAUAUCUUUAGUUUCAGCAUCAGUUUUCAGUGUACAUUCACACUGGAAGUGUGACUCCCUACUUCAUUCUGUAUUCACUGUAUGCACUAUGUGUAUUAUAUUCUUUUACAAAGAUAAAUAGGUUACUCUUUCUUUCCUUCAAAGCUGUUUUCUUAAUAUUUUUAUAACAUUCUAACACACUUCUCAAAUUAAAUAAAUAAGAAACAGAAAUCUUAGCAGAACUUCCAGUCUUCAUCUUCUUGAGAUGCAUAUACUUUAAAAGCAAUGCACUUCAGAAACUUUUGUCCUCAUCUUACUGGAGAGCCAGAGAGCUGACAUUAAAUGAAUGCACUUUGGUUUUCAUUUUCUAUAUAGAAUAAGAUAUUUUCACUGUUAAUGACAUUUUAAAUAAUAUAUAGUCCUCCAAGCAGUGCUUGAAAAAAGAUAAAAUCUUCUGCAAUAAUUAAGAAUACUGUAAUUACCAAAAGUUGAUCUAACUGAAGUUAUGGCUUGGAAAUACUCAUGUUGUAGAAACGUAUUUGUCUUUAGGAAAACUUAAAGAUAUGACAUUCUUAAAGCUGCAUUCAAAAUGUCCAUCUAUUUUCUUAAUAAUUUAAACUGUUUUGUAUGACUCUCAUUAUUUAACUGCACACUGGGAACUGACAGAAGGUGUAUAUUUGUCAUCUAUGUAGUACCAUAUGAUCAUUUAGGCAGAUUUAGCAUCAGAUGUAGCAGUUACCACAUUGUGCAUGGUUAACUGAAAGGAAGUUUGGCCAGCCCUAUGUUACAAGUCUAAACAGGCUUGUUAGCAGCAUGAGCUCUGCAAACUCAGUCAAGCCACUUACAAUUAACACUUGCCCUAGAAAUGUAGUAGCACUCUGAAUGCCAUUGUAAUGACUAUGGAUAUUUCAGUCAGGCAGGCAAACAGUCUCUCAGUAGAAAUUAAAUUUUUUGCUAAAGACAAAAUGUUAGGUUGUUCUUUAAAAAAUAAAUUCAGUCUAGGAGUACGUAUUUGACCACAUGUCUUCUUUCAUCCUCUUUUCUACUCCUUUUUUUUUUUUUUUAACUUUAUUCUCAUGGUAACUUCUAAGUCCUCCUCUUCAGAGAUUUUGAACUGCUACCAUUAGCUGACCUUAUGAGCUUGUCAAUAACUCAUAAGAAAUGUUGAAAUCCUAGGUCUAAAUUCAGAUAAAAAUGCGAUAGAUUUUCAGCCUUUUACAUGAAAUCUGCUGAAAAGGUCAAGGUCACAGUUGCACUGCUAAGCUCCAGAUCUUUUGUGAGUUCAACUGCUCUAAAACAUUGCUUUAAUCCCAAUGACAGUUCUUCAGGAUUUUUUUGUAUAUCCUCCAGUUAAUAGUAUUGUGUUAUGUAUCAUAACUCAGGACUUUGAUCCAGCCAUAAAAAGCCAUUUACUAUCAAAAUUCUGAGUAACUUAGUGAAUGAAGGAAAAGGGGGUUAUUUAUGUAUUCACUUUCUUCUUGCUGUUCAUUUAACUACUAGAUUUGGUAGUUCGUAGAAAAGAAAAAAAAAAAAAAGAGGUGUAUAAAUGUCCAUACAAAGAUAAAUCUUAUAGCAUUGCAAUUUCCUCCUGGAAAUUAGUUUGUAGUGUACACAACAUAAUAUUAUUAGAUAGUGAUAUACAUAACAUAUACUAUAAUUCAGGUUAAUGUUUCAUAUGAAAGAAUGUAUUUGUAUAUUGUAACAACAUCAAUAGUUUCUUUAUCUUUUUAAAGUUCUACAAAGAAAAAAAUAAUGCAUUGUUAGACUUGAAACUACUGUGCUGCAAGUUCUGUCUUAAAAGGCUAUUUUGGAGUCUAGAAGAAGUUGUGCAUUAUGUGAAAUAUUAACAAAAAUAUGCUCUUUUAAAAAAUGAUCGUAAAGGUUGAUAGGUUUUGCUAUGAUUUGCCAAAACUGUAAUAGUUGCUGGUAUCUAUGUAACCAAUUCCUUCCUCAGAAGUUCUCAGAGGUGUAGAAAUUUUGUGCCAUUCUGGGGAAACAAAGUCGGACCUGCUCUGUUGCGUAACUACUGGAAAUCCUUUUUUUUUUUUUUUUUUUUUUUUGUCAUUAAAUACUUCAAAUGUGGUCAAAACAAAA